GUCACCAGCACCUCUCAUCAAGUCGAAGCAGCAGCCAUGGCCUCCACCAAGCCCACGUACAAUGCGAUGGUAUUUGAUGCCAUCAAGACCCUCAAGGAGCGUAACGGAUCCUCCAUCCAGGCCAUCAAGAAGAGCAUCACCGCCACCUACCCUACCCUCAACUUCACGCCGCACCAGAUGCGCAGCGCCCUCAAGAAGGGAGUUGAGUCCGGCAAGUUCAUCAAGAUGAAGGCCUCUUACAAGCUGAGCGCCGAGGCGAAGAAGCCUGCCCCGAAGAAGAAGGUCGUGAAAAAGAAGGUGGUGAAGAAGGUCGUCAAGAAGAAGGUGCCGAAGAAGAAGGUGAAGCCCGCGGCUAAGAAGACCACCACCAAGAAGAAGCCCUCCACCCCCAAGAAGAAGCCCUCCACCCUCAAGAAUAAGGCUGCCCCCAAGAAGGUCUAAGCUCAUCCAUCUCCAAUGCUGGCGAGGUUUCACAUCUUCUCUCACCGGCACCCUCUCAUGUUGGGUUCGACCCUCCCAGCAAAAACGCCACUGGUGUUUACUCAACACCACCCAUCCGACCAAAGAAUGAAAAGCAAUCGCAAAGUGAGCGCGUUAUCACUUGCGAUAGCGAUGAGUUCCAAAAGUUGCCCAUCGAGCAGAUAUGGCGGCAACGCAUCGCACUCUUGUCAUGGAAAUACGUUACAUGAAGGUUCACCAGUGCCGUUGCUGUACCUAUUAUUGUGUGGAUGAUCGUGAUGGACAGAGAUCUUGUGGUUGUUUUGAAGCGAAACAAUGUAAUGGCUGUCUUGCAAGGUUAUGUGUGUGUGGUACUUGUUGGUGGUGCCUUGUGCAGAUCUUAGGAUGUUGGUGUGAUUAUUGUUGAUAAUUUUGCAGCCGUUGUCGCCACCGGACCGGUCGUUGCUGUUGCAUACAGAGACUUGUACCUGAAUGUUGGCGUUUGUCCCUCCAACGCCGGACACUUCAAGGGCAUGGCGACUUAGGCGCCAUGGUUGUAAUAACACGUGCUUAGAUGAUGUGCUGUGGUUGCUGUCCUCGCCACGUUGACGUUCGAGAAACCCUUCGGGACAAGUGUCGUAUCGUAAGGCUUGCCAUAGGCAUCAAACCUGCCCGGCAGGAAAGACAUUGAAAUGUGCAUGUUGUAUUUUUGUACUCCUUUUUAGCACUUGCCCUCUGGGGUGUAAACGUUUUCUA